AUGCAUUCCUCCUUGAACCGCGUACAGUCCGUCUUCGGAUUCUUUACCACUGUCGCGCUGGUGGUGAGCGCACUGGCCGCAGUGUCAGUGCUGCUCUUCCCAGCAGAUACCGCCACGGCCUCAGUACAGCUGAAGAACGUACAGGUCGUCAAAGGCAGACCACACUACUACUCCACCAAACGCGAAGAAUACGCCCAGCUCCGCUUCGACCUAGACGCAGACCUAAGCCCCCUCUUCAACUGGAACACAAAACAACUCUUCGUCUAUGUCUACGCCAGCUACUCCUCCUCCGACAAACCAAGCUCGCAAGUCCGCAACUCCGAAGCCAUAAUCUGGGACACGAUCAUUGAGGCCGCGCCCUCGCCCUAUUCCUGGGAUAUCCUGAAAGACGAAAUCCUUGCCCGCGUGCCGGAAUCAAUUACUCCUUCGGCGGCGGCUGCCAAGCGGCGCAUUAAGAAGCGAGCUGGUGCUGGGAAGUCUAUUUCUAAGACCGCGGCUGCUAAGAAUAAGAAGAAGAAUGAUGAGGCGGUGACGCCUGGUCUUCUUCGGUUGCGGGGUCAGAAGGGCAAGUAUCAGAUUAGUGAUAUUACGGGGAGACUUGCUGAGCGUCAGAAUGUGACGUUGCAUGUUGGGUGGAAUGUUCAGCCUUGGGUUGGGGCUUUGUGGUGGGCUCCUAAUACUGGGGCUGUGCCGCAUACCGCUGGGACUAUUGUUUCCAGUGAGGCUUUUGAUUUCCCCGAGUUGAAGGGGAAUAAGAAGGCUGCUGCUGAGGCCAAGGUGAAGGAGAGUCCAUAG